AUGCGGCCGCCGCCCCCGCCGCCGCCGCCGCCGCCGCCGCCACCGCACGGUCAGGUCGGCGCCGACAGACGCGUCACGAGCGUGGGCGGUUGGGCCGGCCGGCGCGGGGGCGCGCGCUCCGUGCCGUCGAUCGGCAGUACUAACCGCGCCCCUCGAGCUCUGAAGGGCACAUCUCGUACCGCGACAGUAGUAGGCAGGGCUGCUGUCUCUACAGUCUCUUCCCUGGCCGGCAUCGGACGCAGCAGCGGUGGGCAGCUGGUGCCUCAGCACCCCGCAACAAUUAAUGUCGUUUGGGCGCACGCGACUGGCCGCGAGGGGCGCGCCCACUCCCCCGCACGUGCAGGGCACGUGCACGCACCUCGGCGCCGCUCAGACACACGCGUGCCGGGCCGCAGCGGCGCCGGGGCGCUCAGCUGCAGCUGCAGCUGCAGGUGCACGCCCGCCUGCCCGCUCGUAUUUGUUUCCGUUAUUUCGGCGCGCGCGCCCACGCGGCUGCACGAGCGCACCUCCGCUUUGUUCCCCGGCACAUCCAGCACGGCCGUUUAA